AUGGCAGAAACAAAUCCCGCGGAUGAGGGGCUCACAGGCCCGACGGAAACCACAAACCACAUCAACGGCUCUCGCAGUGAUGUUUCAGUUGGAUCAAAUCUGGCUGGGAUUGUUCCUGUAACAAAGAUACCUGCUCUAGACACUAUCGACCAAUAUGCUGUCGAAGAAUCAAGGGAUGAUUCAAUUGGACAAAGUCCCUGGCAAAGGAUCGGUGCCGGCGAUGUUAGCGGAGAUUUGGCGACAGGAUUGAUCGAAGGAUACGCCCGAUUUGUAUCCGCACUCACUGGUCUCGAAGAUGUUGCUUUUGCCAUCUCGUGCCAGCCUUCGACGGGAUCAUCGCAGGCUCUGAUUUGCGCUUCCGUGACCGUGACCGAACAAAAGCGGGAGGUGCAGUCAAUACAGCAAUGCGCAGUGCGUGAACUUGACUUUUCAUACUACAACCGAAACGAGGUCCAGUUCGCCCUGGACUUAGCUUUGGCUGGUUGUCCCGAGAACAGAGACACAGAUCUGACCACUGUCGCGGAGAGUAACUGUCUCUCGUUGUACGUUCGGACUUGCAAUGACGAACUCCGGACCAGUUUCACAUAUCCCAAACGACUGAUCCCUGAUGCAGCGGUGAGCCAGCUGCUGAAGGCGAUUGCAUUCCAUAUGAAGCAGUCCAUUGGAUGUCUACGAUCCAGAGAAAAUUCGCCGGAUGACCAGACGCCUGACUUAUCUAUCCUUAAUUUUCCGCCUCUGAUGAUACCCCCUAUACGAGACGAUGAUUCUGCGCAAACGCCGCACGUUCCCAAACCAUUCCUUCUUCAUUCUACUUUCGAGGGCUGGGCCCAGAAACGCCCUAGUGCUAUUGCACUAGAUUUUGUUCAUUCUUUGCCAUCGGCCAGCUCUAUCGCCGAGCAUAGCACCCUAACCUAUGCCGCUCUCGAUGCUGCAGCCACCUACUUGGCAAUCCAUAUUAGAAAACUCCUCUCAGACGAUACGCGCAAUAAUCGUAAUCGCAUCAUUCCUGUCUAUAUGUCAACUUCGCCUGAGCUUUACAUCUCGUACCUCGGAAUCCUCAAAGCCGGUUAUGCAUUUUCUCCCAUUCCCACAGAUGCUCCAGCUCAGCGAGUCCGGGAAAUUCUUCAGGAUAUCAAUUCGCCUGUGAUACUUGGUAACGCUGAGGAACCGUUCUCCGGGUUAUGGCUCCCAGACGCAGCCGAUGAGACAAUGUCAAAGCCAACCUGGGUCAAUGUGGCUGAAGUCUCUAGAUGGAAGCACCUCUCCGAAGAGCAUGAUGAAAUUCCAACGGAAGAUCGGUUAUUUGAGCCUUCAGACAUCGACCACAAGGACAUUGCUUACCUUCUUUUCACAAGUGGCUCCACAGGCAAGCCCAAGGGCGUACAAGUCAGUCACCUUGCAGUUACCUGUUCAAUCGAGUCCCACGCUACAGCCAUCCCGCUUCCUGGCACUUCAGCUGGCGAUUUCCGAUGGUUCCAAUUCGCGUCCCCGACGUUCGACCCGUCUCUGAUGGAGAUAUUUGUGACGCUGAGUAGUGGCGGAACUCUCUGCUCGGCACCGCGGAGCCUGACGCUUACUGACCUGGAAGGAACAAUCAACGAGGCCAGAGCAACUGUCAUGAUGGCAACGCCAAGUCUAGCAGCGCUUCUUCGACCCCCCCAACUGACUACACUCCAAUCUUUGUGGACAAUGGGAGAAAAGCUCAAUCGGACAGUCAUCGACAACUUCUCUCAGGCGCACAACACCGACCUGAACGGUGACUCUGUCCCGACGUCAAGGAUGCUAGUCAAUGCAUAUGGGCCGACUGAAGCAGCAAUCAACUGCACAUUUCUCGCGCCAGUCGAGUAUCAUACCCGUGGGUCAAUCAUUGGUGAGCCACUGCCCACAUGCUCAAUGUUUGUCCUCGACCCAACCUUCCAUACUCCUGAACCUAUCCCAGCUGGCCUUGCUGGAGAGCUUGCGAUUGGAGGCCCUCAGGUCAGCCAAGGCUACUUGAACCGCCCUAAAGAAACCGCCGAAUCCUUUGUCCACAGCUCUGAGUACGGAUACCUCUACCGAACUGGUGACUUGGCUCGCAUUGUCUGGGACGAGAAAGGCGCACAAGUCAUUGAGUUUCUUGGGCGAAUCACAUCUGAUCAGGUGAAGAUCAGCGGUCGUCGGGUCGAGUUGGGGGAGAUUGAGUCUGUCCUUGCUACCUUGGCUGGAGUGCGGGAGGUCGUGGCCGUGGUCCCCAAGCGUGAUGCAACGGUACAAGGCAGUGAGCAAAUUGUGGCAUGCAUUGUGACGGACUUACCUGGUGAAGACGCACUACGAGAAUUUGUCCGAUUGGCUGAUGAAUGUACACAUCGUCAUCUUGCUGCAUACAUGUGUCCGUCUUCCUAUGUCUUCUUUGACUCAAGCCCUCGAUCAAGCUCUGGUAAGGUCGACCGUAAAGCUAUUGGCAAUAUGCUGCAACAAGGCGAAGAUAGUGGUAUAAAGUUCUUUCUCCCUUCGAACAAAGUCUCGGAAGCGUGGGAGACAGCGCCGGGUGACUGGGAUGGGCCUGAGGAUGAGAAAGAUUUGGAGCUACGAAACCUUGUCCUCAAUCUCAUUGCGCAAACAACUGGCGAGGAGGCCUCUGUGAUCAAACCCAACGCGAGUCUCUAUUCGCUGGGCUUGGACUCCCUGAGCGCGAUGCGAUUAUUACAGAAGCUGAGAGAUCAAUCCAUCGACAAUUUAUCGGUGGGAGAUGUACUACAGUCAGAUACCAUAAACGGGCUACUAUCACUCAUUCUCAAUGGCAAAGGUAAUCUAGAAGGACUCACCAAUGGACAGCUGGCGGAUGAUCCAUGCAUGUCCUUGGCACAGCAAUUGCAAGCAUUCAGCGCCAGGAACCUCUUGACAUGCGCGGGAAGGCUUGGAAUAAGCCCAGAGAGAAUUCAGACGGUCCUGCCCACCACAGCAACGCAGUCUGGGAUGCUAACGAGCUUCUUGCGUACUUCGGCCGAUAGUUCGUUUGCUACUCGGUCCUACAUCUAUCAUUCUGUGAUUUCACUAGAGCCCUUUGAGGACGUUGAGCGGCUCAAGAAGGCGUGGGAGUCGGUGAUUGGAAGUUAUGAUUCCUUCCGAACGAUUUUCUGCUGGCUUGACGAUGACAUGGCACCAUUUGCGCAAUGUAUUCUCAAAGAAGAUGUAGGACCAGCACCGAGCUGGGCUGUCUAUCAGUCUUCUAGGGAGUCGAUGCACAAGGAUGUCUUGACCAAGGCCCUUCGAGAAGCCGAGGGAACGAUUAGCCUGGACUUCCCCUGGAAGCUAUCAUUGCUUGACUCUUCAGAAGACAAGGUCAUCGUAUUGAGCAUGUUCCACGGCAUAUUCGAUGGGGGUUCGUUGCAACUUCUCUUGGAAGACGUGUCUUCUGUUUAUAAUAGACAGCCGCCAGCGCGUCGAACGUCGCUAGAGCAUGUUGUUGUUAACCAUUACCAAGCAAAUCAAACAGCAACAUCGAACUUUUGGAAAGAAUAUCUGAAAAACUACUCGCCAAUUGCUUUCCCUUCGCUUACCGCCUACAAUCCUCCAGCUGUUAAGUCUACAGACUGCGUCGAAAUCACUGCUCGCACAACCCAUGACAUUCUUAAGCAACGAUCCAGAACAAUCGGGUCCACACCACUUUCUGUCCUCCAAGCAGCCUGGGCCUCUCUUCUACUCGCGUAUAGUGGAAGCCAAGACCAAGACGUGGUCCUGGGUAGUGUUGUAUCUGGACGUUUCGAUCCUGACUCCGAAAUCUGUGCUGGUCCGACUUUCACGACGAUUCCCACUCGGUUGGCGCUUGGGCAGAUUCCCAAAGCUGGAGGAAAAUUAUGGACAAACAAAUCGGUUGUGGCUCAUUUGGCGAGUCUGAACGCAAAAACGUUAUCGCAUCUACAACCGCGUCUCGGAUCGUUAGUCACCGCUGAUGGUAGACUUCCCUAUGACACAGUUCUUGCCUACCAAGACUUCAGCGCCGGCUCCAGUACCAGUGGUCUAUGGAAGACAAUCGAUCAUCCCCCAAUGGCAAACGAUUACGCCGUGAUGAUUGAGGUUUGGCCUGCCGCAGACUCGUCAUUGACCCUGCGCGCAAGCUUCGGUCUCUCUCAAAUGGACCGCGACGGAGCCGACAUGAUGCUUCAUCAAUUGGACGACAUCGUUGCGUUUAUUCUUGAGAAUCCGGAUGGAGAUUUCGAGAACGCUCUGUUGUAUACCCGUCCUCACCUCAAGGCAUUAUACAACCCAAUGCCGAAGAUGGCCGAUGAAGUCUCCGACGGGGCUCUGAUACACACCAGAUUUGAGGAUCACGCAAAUUCACAUCCGGACGACAUGGCGCUUCUAUUCAAGUACGACCUCGAUGAUGACCAAAAUCCGCAAAACAUUUCAUGGAGAUACGGGGAGCUCAAUGCACGGGCUGAUAAUUUGGCAGCGUCUCUUUGUAAGACCUACGGCCAAUUGACAAACACAGUAGUACCCAUUUGUAUCGAGAAGAGUCCGGCGAUGUAUAUUGCGAUUCUGGGUAUUCUCAAAGCUGGCGGCGCAUGGUGCCCCAUUGAUACAUUUUCUCCCGCACAGCGUCGGCAUGAUCUAAUCAAACGGACUGGGGCUAGAGUGCUUCUCAUUUCUAGCGAGCAUGGAGAGCAACCAAAGGAUGCCAUUCCCGUUGAUCUCGACGUCGUUGAUGUUAGUAAAUAUGGUGAUCCGCGGGUGAGUUGGCCGAGCAUCGGCCGAGGCAGCUCAAAGAAGCUGUCCAGUCCGGCGGGCAUAGCAUACCUGAUUUGGACGAGUGGAACCACUGGUGCUCCUAAGGGUGUGCCUAUCACUCACUCAGCUGCGGUGUCCUGUUUCAAGUCGCUCGAGAAAGACAUACCAUCCGACGUUUCUGGCGGUGUUGUGCGAUGCUUGCAAUUCUCUCAAUACACGUUCGAUGUGUCCAUCCAGGACAUCUUCUACGCGUGGAGCUUGGGAGGGGUUCUGAUCUCCGCAACUAGAGAAAUCAUGCUUGCCUCAUUUGCAAAGCUGGCGAAUACCACGCGAGCAACCCAUGCGCAUCUGACCCCUGCCUUCGCUGCUGGUGUCCCGAGAAAAAGCUGUGAAACGCUGGAGGUAAUUACCAUGAUUGGCGAGAAGCUAACACAGCCUGUUGCCGACGACUGGGGCACAGAUAUGAGAGCUUACAACACAUAUGGCCCGGCAGAAGUGACAAUCGUCUCAACCGUACGAGAAUUUGGCAACGAGUGCAUGAACGUCAAGAGCGCCAAUGUUGGCUGGCCCAUGGAAAGCGUCUCGGUUUUCGUCACGAGGAACCGGCAAAUCGUGAUGAAGAACGCAGUUGGGGAGUUGGCGCUGGGUGGUCCACAGCUUUCUCCGGGAUACUUGAACCAAGAAGAUGUCACCAAGUCAAAGUACGUCUGGAGCGACGAAGCUGGACAGAUUCUCUACUACACGGGAGACCUUGUUCGGAUGCUAGCUGACGGUUCGCUGGAGUAUAUCAAUCGUGUGGACGACUUGGUGAAACUUGGCGGUAUUCGUGUUGAAUUGAGCGAGAUCAGCUUCGCUCUCGGUGGAUGCCACCCACGGGUUGAGAAUAUCGAGACGCUCGUUGUUAACCGCCCAGAUCGGCCGACAAAGGUUGUCGUUGCUUUCCUCUCUGCACCGAAUGCGGCUGAAGCCGAUGCGGGCGACGGCCUUCUACUACUCAACGAUGCUGCUCUCGAGAUUGCUCUCUCUACACGCGAGAAGGCGCAUACAGCUCUCCCUGCUCAUAUGAUUCCAUCCGUGUACCUCGUGGUCAAGAGGAUUCCUCGCACGCAGUCCGCUAAAACAGAUCGUCGCGCGCUGCAAGCUGCAUAUGCUUCAGUUGAUAUUGAAGACUGGGAGAAUCGGAUGAAUCCUGAAAACGAUGCUGCAAGUCGCCCCGCGGAUGACCAAGUCACAUCCGACGCAAUGGAAAAGAUUGUGCACAUGAUAGCAUCGCUUACCAAUAUUUCGCCUUCGAUUAUCACUAAAGCGAGCAGGCUCCGAAGUCUAGGUAUUGACUCUAUCCACGCGGUUCGUCUCGCAUCCAGACUCAAAGAAGCCGGUUAUCAACUUUCUUUCAUUGAAGUGAUCAACUGUGUCACAGUACAGGAUUUGAUCCAAUUAUCCACAUCUUCUUCCGAGGCUCUUGUACCGUCACCUACUGACUUUGAUAUUAACCUUUUCAACAAUCAGUGGCACGACGUCGUGUCCUCGAAAGUUGACGACGAAUUUUUCACCGUGCGAGCAACCCCGAUCCAGGAGAGCUUGCUCAGUGAGACGAUGGGUACUUAUAACUUGUACUGGAGUAAUCACUUCUUCUCACUUGACAGCUCUGUUGAUGUGACACGGUUGAAACAAGCUUGGCUGGCGCUUUGUCAAAAGAACGAGGCCUUGCGAACUGGGUUCAUUCCUGUUGCCAUGGUAGAUAACAGCUCUCGCAAGGAUGAACUGGACUUCUCCAUCUUGCAAGUUAUCUACGAUCACCCCACUCUCGAUUGGGAGUAUGUGGUGUGCGAAGAGCAUGAGUGGGACCAAUUGCUUCACUCUCGCAUCGAAGGUGUCAUGAAGACGCACCAGAAGACGUAUUUCAGGCAGCGCCCCUGGGCAGUUACUGUUUUGGACAAGGGUGUAGACCGGGUUAUGGUACUGACAAUUCACCAUUCUAUUCAUGACGGGCCUUCUUUAGAUCUGAUUGAAAAGGAUCUGCGGUCUGCAUAUACCGGCAAGCCACCCCCCAGAUAUCCACUUAGGAGCGCGCUUUCCAAGGUCCUGUCGACAGAGGAAAUGGCUGCCGGUACCCGGAGCUUCUGGAACUCUGAACUGCAGAAAUUCUCCGAGCUUGAUGCGCCCUCCUGGCCGGACUUGACCGGGAAGAGGACGCCAGAGACCGCCGCACAGGAACACAAUCUUAUCUCCGAGCAAAUGCCCAUGACGGAGCCUCUUGAAAAGCUUCAAUCCAUCUCAGCCGAGCUCGGUGUCUCCUCCAUUGCUUCCCUCAUUCGUGCGGCAUGGGGUUUCGUAUCGUUGAGUUACCUUGGAGUUCCGGCGACUGUGUUUGCGGAGACAAUUUCUGAUCGUGUUCUGCAUGCUGACCUCGACAACGGCAUUGGUCCAUUGAUUUCCGUUGUGCCAGUGCCAUUCAAUCCAACAGGAACUGCACGGGAGGUUCUCGCAGAACAGCAGCGUAUCUCUACCCAGUCGAGGAAGCACCGUCAUAUACAUGCUCGAGAGGUGCGCAGGAUGCUCAAACGACCUCGUGGUGAGCCCUUGUAUCCGGCAGUGUUCACCUUCCACCCAGCGGGUGCAGAAGCCAACGCCGCUACUGACACUGGUCUGUGGCGUCAACUUGAGGAUCAAAUUGGGUUGCAUGUUGAGCACCCUAUGGCAUUCAAUGUACUGCAAAAUGCUGAUGGAUCCCUGAUCCUAGAAGCGUCUGCUGAUGCAUCUCUCAUGAGCCAUGAACACCUGUCUAUCUUUGUGCGCCAGGUCGACAGUCUCGUCGGCGCAAUGUUGGGGAAUCCAGACAAGGAACUACGAGAACUCGUCAAUCAACUCCCCCCUUCGCUCAAAUCCAAAUCUUCGCAGCAUGUGAGUGAGGCAGUUAUGAACUCGGUUAACCUCAGCCCAACGCACUGGCUGGAGCUCAACGCCAGGGAACAUCCGGAGUGGACAGCAGUUGAAGUGGCCAGCAGCAUCAGCGCAAGCGGCGUCGAGAAGCAAAGUAUGAGCUAUGGUACGCUCAAUGCUGCAGCGAACUGCGUGGCGGCCUUCAUCGCCUCGCUGGGAUACAAAAACAGAAUGAUUGCCGUUUGCGCGGGACGAAAUCUUCCGUCCUAUCCCGUCAUUGUUGGUGUCUUCAAGUCAGGAAAUACCUAUCUCCCUAUCGAUGACAAUCUUCCAAACGAUCGAAAAGCAUUUCUCAUCGAGGAUGGAAACUGCCCGCUUGUCUUCACCGAGUCCGCAUUUGCAGCCACAUUCUCAAAUGUCCCCGGAACGUGCCGUGUGAUGUGCAUCGACGAUCCCUCUUUCAUUGAUGCGUUGGCAGGCAUGCCCACUGACAAUCGGUCCUAUGCAAGUGAUCCACAAGACAAUUCCUAUCUGCUUUACACGUCAGGUUCUACAGGGAAGCCUAAGGGUGUCAUGGUGUCGAGGGCGAAUCUAUCAGCAUUUAUCGAAUCGUUCUCAGAAUUCGUUUGUCGAGUGGCGCCAGCGACACUAGAGCUCGGUGGUCGAGGCCGGUAUCUUGCACAGGCCAGUCGGGCGUUUGAUGUCCAUCUGUUGGAAAUGUUCUUCCCCUGGCGACAUGGCAUGGCCUCCGUAACUGCUGCGCGAACAAUGCUUUUGGAUGAUCUUCAGUUGACAAUCACGAAGUGGGGCAUUACUCAUGCGAGCAUGGUACCAUCUUUGGUUGACCAGACAAACCUGCGGCCUGAACUAUGUCCGGAACUCAAAUACCUGAGUGUUGGAGGGGAGAAGAUUUCGAAGAGAGUAUUGGACACUUGGGCCGGGUUGCCGCAUGUCGCCCUAGCCAAUGCGUACGGACCAACGGAAGUCACUAUUGGUUGCACUUUCGCCCAUGUUGGCAAGGAAACCACCAUUCGCAAUAUUGGGCCUCCAUUGAGCGCCUGCACUUGCCAUGUUCUGAUCCCGGGCACAAUGAACUACGCCCUUCGUGGUCAAACGGGAGAAUUGUGUUUCACCGGCGACCUUGUGGGCAACGGAUAUCUAAACAGGUCGGAUGCAACUGGCUUUGUGCAAGGCCCUGGCGGCGAAAGGAUGUACAGGACCGGAGAUAUUGGUCGCUUGAUGAGCGAUGACUCUGUGGAAUACGUUGGUCGAGGCGACGACCAGACCAAGAUCCGCGGGCAGCGGUUGGAACUCGGAGAGGUCUCCGAGGUUAUUCGCUCCUCUUCUCCUGUUGAGAUCAGCGUAGUGACCACGGUUGCGAAACAUCCCGGUCUCGCGAGACCGCAGCUCAUCUCGUUCAUUGCCAGAGGUGGUGACAGGAGCCGUCAGCGUAGCGGAGAUGCCACCAUAAUACAUUCUGAUUUGGCAACCUUGGGCAAGGAACUCCGGGACGCCUGCCAGCGGAAGCUGUCAGCCUACAUGGUUCCCGAGAUCGUCCUGCCAAUCACAUAUAUCCCACUGGCACCAAUGUCAGGAAAGGCAAAUAUCAAGCUGCUGCACAUCAUAUUCUCAAGCUUGCCCCUGGCAAGUAUUCUACAAGGAAACAAUCCAGGAGCUAGCGACACUGCGGCUUUCACUGGUAGGCCUUUGACUUCCGAAGAAGAAGCUGUAGUCAACGAAAUCUCCGCAGUGAUCAAGAUUGAACGUGAGAGUAUCAAUCCACUGACAAAUAUUUUUGAGGUCGGCUUGGACAGCUUAAGCGCAAUCAGCUUAUCAGUGAAGCUUCGGAGGAUAGGAUAUGACGCCACCGUCGCCCUUGUGAUGGGCAACCCGGUUGUCGAGCAGCUUGCUCAGCUCCCCAGAAAGUCAACCGAGGCCGCGACUGAUCCGCACAGUUCAGAGUUGACGAAGAGACUCGCUGAGCUCGAGGCUGAAUACCACCAGGGCAAUACCUCGCCUGCAAAUUCCGGCCAGGUAGUCGUACAACCAUGCCUUCCUCUUCAGGAGGGUCUUGUCGCACGCUCCAUCAACAGCGAAGGGGAUCAGCUCUAUGUCAACCAUAUUGCUCUCAAGCUCGAUCCCGGUCUCGAUUCCGAGCGAUUAAGGUGCGCGUGGCAAGCUACUGCUGACAAAAAUGAGAUCCUUCGAACUUGCUUUGCUCCUUUGGAGAAAGAGAUUGUUCAAGUUGUCUUCAGUUCUGGAUGUCCAAUGUCAUGGACGGAAUGCGAAUACGACGGUCCCGAGGAAUGCAUUACACAGCAGAGAGCGAAGCAGCAAGAGAUUUCUCGCGGCAUCAUCGAGGAUAUCACAGACGUCCCUCCGGUGCGAUUCCACUUGGCAAGAUCAUCGUCGUCAAAACAUCCAUUGGUUUUGUUCAUCGCAAUUCACCACGCUCUCUAUGACGGUGAGUCAUUCUCGAUGCUCCUGGAGGACGUUGCAGCGCGUUAUGUAGGAGAUCCUGUGAUCCAGCGAGGCUCACCGGCUGCUUUCAUCAACCAUGUAUAUGGUCAGAACCUGGAGAAGGCCCAGCAACACUGGGUGAGCGCGUUGAGUGAUUGUCGGCCGACAAUCUUUCGUGUUGACACUGGUGCUGUAGAGGAGACUACCUUCGUUGACAGAAAGCUCCGUGCCGGCUUGGCUGAACUGGAACGCCAUUCAGCCAAUUUGCACACUACCGUUCCAUCUCUGAUGCAGGCACUCUUCGCCCUUCUCCUGGCUGAUAGAGUUAACGCGUCCGACGUCACUUAUGGACUUGUCCUCUCCGGUCGGGCUGUGGCAGUCCCUGGUGCGGAUUCCGUGCUUCUGCCUUGCAUUACAACCAUUCCGGGUCGAUUGAAUACCAAUGGCCUGACAACUGUCGCCGAUGUUGUCGGGUCCGUUCACCAAUCAACCGCCCGGUCUCUUGAGUAUCAACACACCUCGUUGCGCCGUAUCCAGCGUUGGCUGAAGUCGGAAAAGCCUCUCUUCGACUGCCUCUUCUCCUACAUCCGUAGCACGCCAGCACCCAAGCACAAUUUCUGGGAGCAACUCGGGAGCAACAUGCCUUCUGAGUACCCCCUCGCCGUUGAGAUCGAAGCGAAUCAUGAAAAGGAUGAAGUGUACGUUCACUGUGGCUUUUCGGCGUCGUUCGGUUCGGUCGACCGCGGGCAAGAAUUUGCUGAGAAACUCGACGCACUGUUAUCAGCUCUCUUGUCUGGGGACGACAUUGCGUUGGACAGCUUCAGCCUUGCUGGCUCUGGAGCUUCCGGUUCACGCGAAAUUGAGGUGAAAUGGGACGCAACAGCCUGGUCUACGACUGAGACAAAGAUUCGGGACCUCACGGCUGCUUUCUGUGGCCUUGACGUGGUGAAUGUGUUGAAGGGGACGUCAUUUAUCAGCCUCGGUAUCGACUCGGUGACCGCUAUCCAAUUUGCACGGAAACUCCGCGAGUUGCAGUUUGAAGUUGCGCCGUCAGAUAUUAUGCGCUUCCCGUGCGUUGGCGCAUUAGCCAAACACAUUGACGAGCGUUCCGCUGAGGGACGUCAGUCAGCACACUCGGAGGACAAGAAGCCCAGAGUCUCGCUUGCAGCUCACCGUGACAACGUUCGUCUUCUUGGUGGUGGAGAUUCAGUCGCGGCAAUAUUUGAAUGCACGCCUCUGCAAGCGGGCAUGAUCACGCGGACACUUGGAUCUGACUCUCAGGUCUAUGUUCAUCCGCACAUUUUUCGACUCGGCGCUGAUGUUGACAUUGAUCGCCUCAGGAAUGCCACUGCAGAGGUUGUCUCGAAAAAUGAUAUUCUCCGUACUUCGUUCCACCCUAUCACCGAGAAUGGAGUGAUCUGGGUCGGUGCGGUGCACACAAAUCCUCCUCUACAGUGGACGGAGAUCUCCUUGUCCUCGAACGCGGAUGUAAUCGCCGAGCUAACCUCACUCUACUCUUUCCGUGAAGUGGCCGAUUUCGAGACUCCAGCACUCAGAUUUGUACUCGCUGAUCGCGAAAAUGAGAAGCUUUUCGUUGUGCUCAUGCACCAUGCUCUUUAUGAUGGUGCCUCGUUGCCUCUGCUCUUUGAGGAUUUGGCCGCUGCUUACCACGGUCAAGCUACGGCAGAGCGGCCUCAAUUUUCCGAAAUUGCCCACCACAUUCUGGAAGGUCAGAAUGACUCUUGCGAUUUCUGGACAAAGAAACUGGCUGAUCACGAGCCUGUCGAGAUUCCUGCGCUCUCCCCAUCCGAUGCUACUGAGGGCAUGCUUCUUUCGGAGCGCAGGAUGGACCUUGACGUGGAGAAGGUAGUUGAAAGUUGCAAGGCCAUGGAGGUAACCGUUCAAAGUGUCGCCCUCUUGGCAUAUGCAAAGGUGCUCGCUUGCCUGGUUGGGAAGCGCGACGUAGUCUUCGGUCAAGUUCUCGCUGGUCGCUCACUAGCAGUUCCUGGUGCCGACCAGACCAUUGGCCCGCUCUUUAACACUGUAGCUCAGAGAGUCUCGUUUGAGCCUAGAUUCUUGAGCAACCGUGAGAUGGCCCAACGACUCCAACAACUUACCUCUGAGUCGCAAGUUUUCCAACAUGCACCUCUGAAGGAUGUGCAGAAGGCUCUGAGACAAGAACAUGGCAUGGAUGCUGCCUCGCUAUUCGACACACUCUUCGUGUUCCAGAAAAGUGCUGAUCUUACAACUGCCACGCUGGCUGAGCAGCAGAUAUGGAGAUCCUUCGAAACAGACGGAUACGCUGCGCAGGCUGAACAUAAACUCAAUUUGGAGGUAGACCACGGUCGUGAAGCUAUCGUCGUUAGCACCUCGGGGGACGGACGCUACAUUUGCCAACAAGCCCUUGAUGAGUUCAUGACGGACUUCUGUACAGCGUUCCAAGACAUCAUUGAUCAUCCUACCAGAUGCGCCACUGCUGCGCCAGAGCCGCUUGGGGAAUUGCCUCUUCGAUUAACCAAGGCUGGGAAGCCAGACCGAGAUGACAGCGAGUCUGAUGCGCCUGCACACGAGUUGAUUGUUCGUGAUGUCCUCGCUGAGGUGGCCGGCGUUCCAGUCGACAGCAUCUCGCCAAGCACCAGCGUUUACAACAUCGGUUUAGACUCGUUGUCUGCCAUUUGCAUUGCUUCCAUUUGCCGAAGCAGAGGAUUGAAGGCAAGUGUGGCUGAUGUUCUGCAAGGAAAUACCCUACGAGGUAUCAGUUCACGCAUCGUCUCAACGGUCGAGGAAUGCAUUCAAACUCAAGAGCCGUUGAUUGAAGACUAUAACGCCGUGGAAAAUGAAGUUCUACAGCGGCUCGGGCUAAACAAGGACGCAGUCGAGACUAUUCUGCCCUGUCUCAGUGGCCAGCUGUACCACCUUGCCAGCUGGUUGAAGUCCGGCCGGACCUUGUUUGAACCUGCCUGGUCUUACUACAGCACGGAACGUAUCGAUAGUGGGAAGCUUGAGAAUGCGUGGGACCAGCUCCGUCAACGACAUCCCAUUCUAAGAACCUGCUUCGUGGCGCCUUCGCCGUCGAUGGCCGUACAGGUUGUGCUCAAACAGGCACCACAGAACGCGGAGACCUUCAAGGUCAUCGAGUCUCCCACAUGCAUUGAAGAAGCGGCAAAAGCCCAGGCUAGAGAAGAGGGUUUGACUCCAUCAUCUUUGUUUGUCCCUCCUGUCCGCCUCCGUCUUCUGAAGGCUAGCGACAAGGACGGAAUCCAACUUUUCAUCAAUCACGCUGCAUACGAUGCAUGGACAAUGCCAAUGUUUGUUUCUGAGCUCACACAGAUCUACCGCGGGGAAUCAGUCCAGUCAAACCCGGACUUCCCCUUUUUUGUCGAACACGCCACACGCUCUCUGCGACAAGUCGACGAAGAAACCUACUGGUCUUGGCAGGUUGGUUCCAGCGUUCCCACCAUCAUUCAACCCAAGGAGCAGGAACUACCCAGGCAAGCAUUUGUCGGCGUAUGGGAGAAGGUCAAGAACCUGUCUCAGCUGGAAAGUACCUGUCGUUCUGCAGGCCUCAGUCUCCAGAGCGUAGUCCUCCUGUCCGUGUCUCGCUGUCUCGCAAGAAUGACUGGGGUCCAAACCCCCACAAUCGGUUUGUACCAGACAGGUCGCUCCGCCUCGUUCAAUAAUAUUGAGCGUCUCUCCGGACCCUGUCUAAACGUCACGCCGUUUACAUUCCCAAUCCCCGGAGCUGCGACCAACGCGUUGGACGAAGUACGCGCAAUCCAAACCUCCCUUGCUGAACGCGUGCUCUACGAGCAGAGCUGCCUCCGCGAGAUCCUGACCAAAUGGGCUAGUACGAAAGGUAGAGGACCACUCUUCAACACCUGGGUUAAUCUCCUCUGGAUGCACCAGCCCUCCACCCGAGGUGAUUCGGAACUCAAUCUCUUCCAUCCUCUGCGAAUCGGUGUGCCAACGGACUUCAUUCUCGCUUCUCCAUUACCGGACCCGACCGGAGAGACUACCUCCGUCUCGGCGUUGGAUACUUCGUACCUCCCUGAUGAGAAUUUGUAUAUUGAUAUUGGGCCUGAUCCUGGUACGGAUACCAUCGGGUUUGGUGUCCGCGUGGAAGGGGGACUGCUGACGGAGGCGGAGGUGCGUGAGAUGGUGGAUGAUGUGAGUGGUGAGAUUGAGGGGAUUAUGGCUGCUAUCCAGUUUACACGCUGA